CGCCCACAGCCCUCGGUCUCCGCUCGUCUCACGCCCUCUCAGCCCAGCCCAGCCAGCAGCAGCAGCAGGUAGCCGCCAGCCAGGGUUCAGUCCGAGCCUCACAGCCAGGAGUGACCUGAACAGCACCUGCUCGACUCGAAUUUGCAUCGCUUCGCCCAGACAUCUCGACCUCCCCGUUGUUGUUGUUCACUCGUCACCCACCCCCCAACCCAACCCUCAAGAAAAAGAAAGAGAUAGACAUCUUUGCAAAAUGGGUCGUGUCAGGACUAAGACCGUCAAGAAGGCUUCCAGGGCUUUGAUUGAGAAGUACUACCCCAGGUUGACUUUGGACUUCCACACUAACAAGCGAAUCCUCGAUGAGGUCGCCAUGGUCCCCUCCAAGAGGCUGAGGAACAAGAUCUCCGGUUUCACCACCCACUUGAUGAAGCGAAUCCAGAAGGGACCCGUCCGAGGUAUCUCUUUCCGAUUGCAAGAGGAGGAGCGAGAGAGGAAGGACCAGUACGUUCCCGACGUCUCGGCUUUGGAGGUUGGAGAGACUGGUUUGGACAUCGACGCCGACACCAAGGACCUCCUCCGAUCUCUCGGAUUCGACGGUGCCAUCAACACCAACGUCGUCGCCGUCACCGGCCCCGAGCCCACCCGAGGGAAGCGAUACGUUCCCGGUGCCGCCAACUAAGCGAUCAAACUCAUUCGAUAAAGGAAUUCGAGUCGAGUCGGUGCGGGUCGUCCAUGCAUACGAUGGCUGGAUGGGACGUGCUGAUGGUCGUUGGGAGGUGGUUUUGGGCGUUGGAUCGAGUGUAU